CUAUGAUAAGCUUAAGAUUUCUGCCUUGUUAUUUCCCAUUGGUGGUUUGAAAUGGGCUGUGUAUAGGCAUGCAAAUGGGUGGGGCCAUUUUUUUCUUGAGGCCUCCUGUAAUACCAGAAGUCAUUCAGUAGGGGGUGUUUCUGUCAUGCUUUGCUUGACAAGCCCACGUACGACGAAAUGAGUUCAAAGGAUGUGUAUUCGGGAAUCUGUGUAUGAAACUGGUUCAUCGAAGGUGCCAAGGAUUCUGGGAACUUGUGAGGGAAGAGGCGAGAACUGAGGUUCAACUCGGAGUAGCUGUCCCUAUACCUGUGAGAGUGACCUGUUUUCACGUGUGUGAGUGGGAGGAAGAUGUUCUCCGUGAGCCCAGAGGUUCUGUUUAAAGCUGUGGGUGGUAAAAAAAAACUGGGAUUCAGUCACCAUGACAACCUGGUCGUGUCCAAGUGAAAGACACGCCGUUCUCCUCCAGUUCGCACGUUCAAGUUAUUUAAGACAAACUGCAUGGAAAUGCAGUUUCAAGCUGACAGCCGUCGAUAAAUAAGUGAGCCUGUCAUUCAUUCAGAUUCUUUUUAAUGGUAGUGAGGGUGCAGCCAGGACAAGAGCGACAAAGUGCUCCUGCGUGUUCAGUCUCUCACAUUAAGGUAUGAGUCGCACUUAGGAGCUGAAGUGGGAGGAGCUUAACGCAGAAGAAGCUCCCUAUUAGUCACGGUGGUGGGCGGAGCUGGGCUUGCAGCUCCGGGGUGUAAGUUGGUGUCACCUGCUCCCGUGUCCCCCUUGUCUGCUUCUCACGGUGUGGUAUGUAUAAAUGCUCACAAGGGCCAUGGUUUCCAGAAUCCCACCCUGCAGAGUGCUGGUGAGGGAUCCAGAAGUGCCACAAUGCCCAUCUAACACAACAGGUCCUGUACCAGAUAUAGGUGAUGAUGUCAUGUACAGGAAGGACAUGAUGGAGUGUGGAGAGCAGAAUGAUGAAUGACAUUCUGUGACUUCCGUCUUACUGGAAGCAUGUCCCUAGACGAUCUUACCAUCCGCUCUCUCCAUAACUGGUGGGAUGCAGCGCCCAGACUAAGGCUGCAGCCAGCUCUCUGUCUACAUUGUGUGAUUUCUGCACAGAGCAGUGUUUCCCAAACUGGUCCUCAGGGACUGCCGGGCAGUCUGCAGGGCAGUCUGCAUUCUUGUUUCCUCCCAGCCUCCAGCACGCCUGAAACAAACAAUCAAAAUCCCCAAAUACCUGAUACAGGUGUGUUGGGAACUGGGAGGGAACAAAAACAUGGACUGUCUGAGGGUCCUUGAGGACUGGGCUGAGAAAAACUAGCAUAGAGGAAUGUACAGACAGUAUAUACAGACAGUGGAAAUUAAUAUGCAUUGUGUGAAAUAGUUUAAGCUGAUUCUUUGCUCCGUCUUCCUAGAGCUCCCUCUUCAUUAUCCCUGGCUGGCAUGCUGUGGAGUAAGCAGCAACGCGGCAAAUUGCCCAAUACCUCUGUGCAACAGUCAUACUCACAAUAAUUGAUCUCCUGCACUCAUUUGUUUAGUGAAUACAGUGCCUGAUCUGUCUGUAAAAUCCAAUAUUCGUACAACACGCCUGUCUGUCUCGCCUGCCAACACUGAUGUUGGGCGUCUACGCGCCACCCUCUAACUUGUGAAUGAGUUGGCUUGCUGGCGUCAUAGCAACCGCAGCAAUGUUAACUAGACAUGGGGGGGCGGGAAGGGUGACAGAAGGGGAAUAGCCUGGAACACGGUACAGCUGUCUGAGCACAGGGAAGGAUGAAGACACACCCUGGACAGUCUGCACCGGGACACCCCCAUGGUGAACCCCUCUCUCCCCUGCCCGGCUGGGCCGCCCUGGAGAGAGCCGAGUGGGAACUCAGGCAUCUGCGUGAGCACCAGGUCAGCCAAGUGAAGAUUCUGGCCCAGAGUCUAGAGAGGGCCGUCCUGGGGGCACGUAGGGAGGAGCAGCGCCUGGUGGAGCGAGUGGAGCAGGACGGCCGGGACAUCUGGUGCCGCCUGGAGUACCUGCAAAGAGAGAAUUCCACGAUGGUCCAUAAGGCCCAGAUGCUGAUCGACCGGAAGCUCCAGCAGCUCGUCCUGCUACGCCAGCAGAUACAGAGGAACCCCAAGCAAGACCAGUUGUUACAGAGAGCACUGCAGCUUCUGCAGCCCUGGGAGACCAGCCUCUCCCUGAAGAGUGUUAGUCUCUGGCCCGGGUCUCAGCCUGGGCAUGUCACCUUUGGAGAGGUCCAGGUUCGAGAUCUGAGCAUUAGCUUUGCAGUGGAGACCUGCGAGAUGCAGGGACAGCAGGUAACACCCAACGCUGAGAGAAAUUGUAAGGGUGAAGCUCCAGUACCUGUCAGAGCAAGUCCACAAGGUGAGCAGAAGACAUUUCUAUCCUCCAGGAGAGGAGAGGAGCUUCACUUCCCAAGAUUAUGGUCCCGGCCACUGCUCCAGGACACUACCGAUGGGACUUUAUCCCAGGAGGAACCUUUACCCCUGCGGUCACAUACCCAGGGGAAGCGCAAGUUCCAGGCAGUCCACUCUCUUCUUGGCGGUGGGGACUCAGGAGGUGUGGACAGGAAUGGAAACAAGACCCAACGUGCCAGGGAGAGCUUGAGAAAUAAAGGAAUCCAAGUCAUGUUUACAAGCCACCACUCAUCCAGCGGUCCUAAAGGGAGAUGCUACUGCGCUACAGGUUCUUCUAAAUACAGUCAUGUGACACCUUCCUUCCCCAGGAUCCCCCAUCGACACUCCCUGGGAACCCAAAGUUGUGUGGACCUGAACCCCCGAGGGCUCCUUUCUCCCUGCCUGAAUAACCACACAUUUAAGAAGUCCAAGAGCAUGGAGAAGACACCUUCCCAGGCUGGCAGAUCUUCAUCCAACUCACCCAGGGAUUUCGAAUGCUCCCUGAACCAGAGACCUCACCUUUCCAGGUCCAUGGUGGAUUUGUCCCCAAGGAGCCCAUCCUCGUCUACAGAAGACAGACACAGGCUGUGCAGUGUUUGUCGUCACCAGUACUCUCUGGCUUCCCCAGCUCUGGAGCGGACACACAGGAUCCAGAUGGGUGGUACUGACUUGCUCAGAGGACCUCAUGGAGUUAAAAAGGUGUACCGGCCUCUCUCGGUGUCUGCCAUAGGGCGUGGUGGGCCAGCAGAGCCAGCUCAGAUGGACGACAGUGGACACAGCCGUACCCCAGAGGCUGGACAUCUGCUCAGGAAGAUUGGGAAACAGGGUUCUGGCCGGUCUGACUUCAGUCUGCCCACUGGAGUCCACGCCACGGCCCAGGGGAAGCUGUUUGCAGUGGACUGCGGCAACGCCCGUGUGCAGCUCAUGGAUUCCCAUGGCCUCGUCCUUCAGCAGGUGUUUCUCUCGCAGACCGAGGGCUCGUCCGGCCGUCGUCGUAACUAUGUUGACGUGGCUGUGAGCGCCAAGGGGCUGAUCGCGUUGAGCUGCGCCACCCCGAGGACCCUGCUGAUAUUCAGUCGACAUGGACGCCACCUCCAGACCUUUGGAGGAACCGGUUUGGGGGUUAAAGGUGAGCUGGAGGCCCCUAGGGGAGUGACGGUGUCUCGCCUAGACCAGUUCCUCGUGGCUGACAUCCGGCGCGGCUCACUGAUCGUCCUGACGCUCAAGCACACGACGGGCACGGUCCUGGAGAGCACAGAGAUCCGGGGUUUCCACCGGCCCUGCAUGGUGUCUGCUAACCUGACCACUGGGUUGGUGGCCGUCUCAGAGAGGGGGUGUCGGGAGAGCCCGGGGCCAUGCGUCAAGGUGUUGGGGCCCGGCUGGGUUGUCAUCCGGACAGUAGGGGUGUGCAGCUACAUGGGAGCCGUCCUCUCUUACCCCUGGGGAGUCUGCAUCGACGACGACGGAAAUGUGCUGGUGGCAGACUGGGGCAAGCAGCACCGGGUGGUGAUGUACUCUGCCCAGGGUGUGAGCCAGGUCCUGGUGAGUCAGGGCCUGAAGAGUCCAUGGGGCUUGGCCUUGCUGCCAGAGCGCCACCUAGUGGUGUCAGAUAGCAUGCAUCACUGCAUCAAGGUGUUCCAGUACAAAUGAGGAUGGUGAUGUUUGGAGACAGAGCCAUGCUGGAAAUGGCAGCUGGGAUGAGCAGAUCUGACAUGGAUCACGCUGCUCUUCAUCGCUCCAAUUCCAGGGAUUUUCCCACAAAGAUUUUCUGCCGUGCUGUGUGCGGUGAAACUGACAAGACAGUGAUUGCUGAGAAAAUGUGGUGUUUAUCUUUAAAAACUUCAUAUACUUUCAUUUUAUUUGGGCGUUUUAUUUAGUUAAUGUGUGGAUUAAGACCACUAAUGUGUGCAACAUCUCUAGUGUGCUCUAUAUUAAUGUAAGAUAGAUGGGUGGUUUUCCUCAGUUAUUCACUGGUGCUGUGUGUCGUGUAGACGGUGCUGUCUUUGCCUGUAAAUCAGCCAAUGAAAAAAAGUGCAGAAAGUGUGGUAGCAAAUAUAACUGAAAAGAUAACUAACAUUGAAACAAGGCUAAUACACAACAUGGCCACUAGAUGUCCUAGUAGAGAACAAAUCGUUUCACUUUCCUGGGACCAAAGAAAAUAUCUUUUCU